UUCGGGCUCGAGACCGCGGCGAUAAACAUGCGUUUUGGGACUCGUCUGUGUUCGCUGUGGACGGUGCCUCGAAGUGUGAUGGCAGAAGUCCAGUGAGUCGCUGGCCUCCCCUCCUCUCUUGUGUUGGGUGUCUGGGGGAGUGCGCUGCCACUGGUUUCUAGUCUCGCUUCAGAUUUUUUUUUUUUUUUUUUUUAAACAGGUUUUUAUUAUAAUUUAGCCGCGUUGCGCUGACUUGCUUCUCUUUUUAAUUUUUUUUUUUAUUAUUUUGUUAUUUUUGUGGAGCACACGCCACCAUGGACAGACGACGGGUUGGAAUAGAAUUGUCCAGUUAAGUCGGGCACAAUGUGGUUAAAUGGGACAGAGACGAGUAGACCGUGAAGAUUCUCUUACCCUUGCCUCUGACUCCCAACCAUCUGAGAGGGUGUCGGACCUCACUGAGGCAUUCCUGGGCCGUUGGCACUAAAAUGUCCCUAAGUGGUUGCACUGCAGGCGGGAAAGGUGUGGACACUAAUGCGGAAGACCCUUACGACAGCGGGGAUGAGUGGGAUAUUGGUGUUGGAAAUCUGAUCAUUGACCUCGACGCUGAUUUAGAGAAGGACAAACUUGAGAUGUCUGGCACCAAGGACGGCAUGGCGGCACCACCCAGUGCAGUGGCAGCAUUGCCUGACAACAUAAGGUUUGUUAGUCCAGUUUCUGGCUCUCAAGGCAAAGAGAGCAAAUCCAAAUACAAGCGCAGCAAGAACUCUAAAGACAAUAGUAGCAAAGCUUCGGCUUCAGCUGGAGAUGGGGGUAAAAAAGAACCUACAGGUCGGACUCAAGGGGAGCCAACAGGUGCGGCAGCAAACGCUGUAGCUGCUAGCAACAAUUCCGCCUCUGGAAAGAACUUGGAAAAAGGGGGCAAAGCCUCCAGAGGUGUUCUCGGUGGAAAAAAGGAGAAGGAUGGUGCUAGUGGGAAAAAUAAGAAAGAUAAAACAGAUGUUGCUCCAGUUGUGGCAAUUGGUGUCUCUGAGAAGGAUGUGUCUCAAGCUCAAGUUUCUUUGGGGAAUAGUCGUAAUGCAUCCUUUGAGAACACACAAUCAACAGACUUGGCAGAUGCUAAUCAAAUGGGGAAUAUUGCACUUGAAUCUGUUGGGAUGGUACCAACGUUGAUCACAAAAACUGAAGCAGUUGAAGUGGAAAAUGGUAAUGGUGAAUGCAAGACGUUAAAGAAGAUAAAGAACGAAAAGAUGGAAUCUCCCGUCUCCACGCCAGCUCCUCCCCCCCUCCACCUCCUGGCCACGGUCAGCAACAGUGAAAUUGCCUCACCAUGUGAGCAGAUAAUGGUGCGCACACGUUCGGUGGCAGUGAACACGUCAGAUGUAGCCCUGGCAACAGAACCUGAGUGCUUGGGGCCGUGCGAACCUGGUACCAGUGUUAAUCUUGAAGGCAUCGUGUGGCAAGAAACUGAAGACGGAAUGCUUGUGGUCAAUGUUACUUGGAGAAACAAGACAUACGUUGGCACCCUGUUAGACUGUACACGGCACGACUGGGCUCCCCCCAGGUUUUGUGAAUCACCAACAAGUGAUUUGGAAAUGAGAAAUGGUCGUGGCCGAGGUAAGCGAAUGAGACCGAAUAGCAACACCCCAAUCAACGAGAACAGCAACUCAUCAGAUAACAAGGGCACCACCAACAACAAGACACGUGCUGCAUCUAACAGCAAGGGCCGCCGGGGCAGCCAGACUCCAUCAGAGCGCCGUACCCCACCAAACAGCAACACAGAGGACAUCAAAACCAGUCCAUCAUCAGCUGGAAAACGCAAGACCAAACCAGCCUCAGACAUGGAGCUCAACUCCAGUUCCGAGGACACCAAAGGCAACAAGCGAAUGAGGACAAACUCAAACAGUGGAGGCGUGGGACCCACAGGCCUUCCUAUUCCUUCUGUUAAGACUGAGCCACUUCCACCUCCCCUUGAUCGUAGCUGUCCAUCUCCAGUUCUUAUUGACUGUCCACACCCUAACUGCAACAAGAAGUACAAGCACAUCAAUGGCCUCAAGUACCAUCAAGCUCGUGCCCACAAUGAUGAUGAUAUAAAGUUGGAAUUAGAUGGAGACAGUGAAUAUGGAGAGGACUCAACUCUCCACCCUGAACCUGGAAACUGUAAUGGAGCAUCCAUCUCCCAGAAAGGGUGUUUAUCUCCAGCACGUUCAGUUACCCCAAAAGGCAGAAACUUUGAUGCUCAGAGUCCCUCUCCAUCUCCUGGCAAGUUUGGUUCAAAGCAGAGUAAAAAGAAAAUUGCUGAGACAGAAACAGAAAUGGGAGGUACACCAAUGGAUGGCUGUGAGGAUGGGCCAUGCCUUACUGAUGAGGCCAGUAAUGAUGGAAUAGAUGAUAAGAGAGGAUCAGAUAAGUCUAAAAAGGCAAGCACUGGUACGAAAAAUGAUAAAAUUGCCCAGAAAAACUUGAAGUCACCACGUCCAAUUGGCCCUGGCCCUACAGCAUCUCAGCAAAUGUAUUCUUUUCCUACUGGGAACCCCAAUUCCUCUCCAAUUGUCCAAGGAAUUCCAAAAAGUCCUCAAAUGAAAGGCACACAGCCUAAACCACCUGCUACUGGAGAACCAACUUCAGGUAGCUCUAAAGACAAGAAGAAGAAGGAUAAAAAGAAAAAAGAUGGGGUAAAGGAUGCUGAUAGUCCUAAACCUUCGGGAAAGGUAGGGAAACUAGAGGAGGGGAAAAUUCAAUACUCUGAAACUUGUGAUCAAGGAGGCAAAGUAGAUAACCUCCUCAAUGGUUCUUCAGAUACUCAUCAGAGUCGUUUGGCCAGUAUCAAGGCUGAGGCUGAUAAGAUUUACAGCUUUUCAGACAAUGCUCCCAGUCCGUCCAUUGGUGUUGCCAGUCGAAUAGAUGGCAGUGGUAUACCACAGCCUCUCACACCCCUGCAUGUGGUGAACCAGAAUGGAGCUGACAACUCUUCAGUCAAAACAAAUAGCCCAGCUUAUUCAGACAUUUCAGAUGCAGGGGAGGAUGGUGAAGGGAAACUAGAAGGUGUCAAAGUCAGAACAGAGGACCAGGGCAUUAGAGAAAGUGUCAAGAAAGCACUUUUUCCAAACCAGACACCCAACAAAGAUUCACCCUACUAUGCCAGUUAUGAGACGUACUAUUCGCCUAAUUAUGUCAAUCCUAGUCCCAGCGGGCCAAAUUCAGGUGCACCAGUGGCUGAAGGUCAGGCUAAGAUCAAAAGAGAUGAUGAACAUGAUCUAGGUGAAGAGAAAAUGAAGGUUGAAGUUCAUGAAGAUCGUAAACCUGAUAGCUGUGCUACAGGCCAGCAGCAGCAGCAGCAGCAGCAACAACAACAGCCCUCAGUCAUCCAACAACGAUCGAACAUGUACAUGCAGCCCCUUUACUACAACCAGUAUGCAUAUGUUCCUCCUUAUGCGUAUAGUCCCGAUCAAGCCUACCAUAACCACUUGAUGAACACCAACCCAGUCUACAGGCAACAAUAUGAGGAGCGACAGCAGCAGAUGGCUGAACGGCAUCGUGCUGCCGAAAAGAAGUCAGAUAUAGUCAUGAAAGAACGAGAAUCCUCCACAAAAGAGGAAUGGAAACAAAAGAACCCGAUGCCACCAAGUCUAUCCAAAGCCCCAAGUCAGUCAGAUCUAGGAAAGGUACAGCAACCUUCAAGCAAAUCCAGAGAUUCCCCUUCUGAACUAGCUUCCAAGUCAAUGGGAAGCAUAAAGGGAGAGGACCCAAAGUCCCAGCAAACUGAAGGGCUUAAGAUGAAACUGACUGAAGGAGGUCAUCAUGGAAAGGAAGACUCCAUGCAAAUUCUGGAGUCCAGAGGCCAUGCAGGCAUGGAGCAGGCCAUGUGGUACAGACAGCAGUAUCCUGAGAGCCAGAAGCUCCAAGCAGAGGAUGAACACCAGCAGCAACAACAACAACAACAACAACAACAUCGAAGAAAAGAGGAAAGGGAACGAGAUCGAAAAUUAAAGGAAGAAAGGCCAAGGCCAAAGGACAGUCAAAGUGGACCCAAGGAAGAUGGUAAAGACGUUGGUGAUCCCAGAAUCACUUUGGAAGACCAUCGAGCAAUGAGCAAAGACUCUCGUUCCAACCCCCACAUGCAGUUCACAUCACCACUAGCACAGCACCAAGGCUACAUACCCUACAUGCAUGGUUACCCCUAUGGACAAGGCUAUGACCCCAACCACCCUGGAUACAGGGGUGUGCCCUCAGUCAUGAUGCAGAAUUACCCAGGUUCUUAUCUACCCGGAGGUUAUCCAUUUUCCACUUACGGGAGUAAAAUAGGUGGAGGUGAGGAAGGCAGCGAGAAAUCUCGUGCAAGCCCUACUGUCACAAAAAUGGCAACAGACCCUAAAGCCCUGGAUAUCCUGCAUCAACACGCCAGCCAGUAUAAGAGCAAAUCCCCCACUGUGGUUGACAAAUCGUCCCACGACAGGGACCGGGAGCAGGACCGAGGAGCUGUCAGUGACAGAGACCGGGAAAGGGAGCGUGAGCGGGACAGAGAAAGAGAUGUGGAUCGACCACGCUCGUCACCCUCCCAGCGCAUCAUGCCCUCUCACCACCACCUGGGAUACCCUCUGCUCUCAGGGCAAUACGACCUGUCCUACGCCACAGGAAAACCCGACCGUCACACCUCAACCCUGCAGAGAUUCAUGUGACUGGCUCACAUGAGAGCAGCAUCCUCCGGUUCUUACCUUUUAGACAUCAGUUGAAUGGUGUUUCUAUCUUUUAUUUUUUUAGUUGUUUUUUUUUUUUUCUGCCCCAAGGCAAGGCAGAAUGUUGUUUUGUUUUUCCCCUUGUAAAAGACCCCAAACUCUCCAUCCAUGGACUGUAACACGACUGAAAGUAAUCCAGGUUCAAAGCCAUCGCUCUGCUCCGUCACGCAGAGGAAACACCGACCCGCUGAUUAUCUAGUCUUUGCACUGUCGACAAAUACAAUGCAAAAAGAGACUAUUGGACUGCCAGAACAGCUGUUGUUGUUGUUUUUAUUUUUGUUUUUUCUGACUGCAUUAUUUCUUGUCACGCAGAAAGAACUUGGCAGGGGAUU